AAAUAUAUUGAUGGUCUAGACCACUGUUCAGAUGCUCCGGAAACAAUGGGGACAUUUUUACUUCCCAAGUAAGCCAGUGAUUAUGUACAGCUCGUCAAUAAUCGAGGAAUUAUAUAAUCAAUCUUUAUCGUAGGCCGACUGGUAUCGAUGAAGCAAAUACUAUAUUCUCUAGCCGCUUCAGUACAAGAGGUGGCCACUCGCUGUGAACACAAUAUUUAAAAGUGAUGUUAAAAGAGAUGCUUAACAUUGUUCAUUUGCUCGAAUGAACUUCAGUAUUACAAGGAUACUGUACAAUCAUAACAUUUUGGUUUUUGAAGCUAUAACUGAUAUAUGAAAAUCAUGUAUGUGAACUGCGGAGUGAAGAGUUAUGUGAAUGAAGAUCAUCGCAGUUAUAUACGCAACUUUUGUAGUUGCGAAAAGAAAGCCUAAAAAAAAAAUCUGGCUUGCACGGAAUUCGAACCCUUGACCAUUGCGAUACCGGUGCAGCGCUCUACCAAUUAAGCUAACAAGCCAACUGGCAGGGUCCCAAAGGGGGGGUCCCUGGAGCCCUGGAGCCCUGAAAUUUCUGCUGUGGAGCCCGGAGCCCUACCAUUUUACUGACUGGAGCCCUGAUCCUUUUUUGGCUGUGGAGCCCGGAUCCCAAAGACAUCUUGUGCUGAGCCCGGAGCCCAGCAUUUUCAAGUUUGAUCAUUCGAGUUCCCAGAUUGCAUUGAUUCUUGAUUACUGCCUUUUUGUGUUUGCUUGUGCGUGUUAACGGGCAUAAAGAAACAGAAUGUGACGAGAGGACAGUACAUAAUACAAGUAUACGCGGUUAUCUCAGUUUAUAAUGAUAUGCAACAACUGUCCCACGCACAUCUUCAUCUUCUUCUUAAGCAAUUAAUGCUCUCUCUGUGGUGGUUGUGGCGUCACCUUCAUCCAGUGCCAAAAGCAUAGUUUUCUCAUACCACUCCUCUUCAAUCCUGACAGUCCCCUCUUCUACAUCUUCGCGUGGAAUUGAAUACUUGAGAGUUCCUUGUGACACAACAGUCGUGUUCUCGAUGCCAGAUUCGGUAAAAUGGAAUGGCAAAAGGUCCUCGAGGAACCAGAGACAGUCGUACGUCGUACCUCUCUCGCGUUUCAACAUGAAACUCCACCGAUGGCAGGCCUUGUCUGUCCCCAGUUUAUAUAAACACGCGGUUGCAUCAAGCAGAUCUGCCUCUUUUAACUCGCUUGAUUCAGUCAUCUCGGAAUAUGAAACGAAAGCAACAACAAGGCGAACUGACCGAGCGGUCUGAGCGGUCGAUAAUAAUAAUAGAUAAUAUAACCGGCUGCUUGGGUUUAAAAAAUUGAUCAGAAUUGCUGACUUUUUUAUUUGCGUAUUUGAUUUAGCGUUAAAAAUGGAAUUUUUACUUAUCAAGAUUGUAGAUCAGAGUGGAGCCCGGAGCCCUAAAGCAGAUGAUGUGGAGCCCUAGAGCCCUGAAAUUUUCGUCUUGGAGCCCUGGAGCCCUGCAUUUUUAAGGCCGGAGCCCUGGAGCCCUAAACCCCUUUGGGACCCUGAACUGGGAGCAGGUCGCUGAAUUGGUUGAAUUGGUUGAACCAAUUCAACGACCUGCUAUCAGUUGGCUUUGUUAGUUUAAUUGGUAGAGCGCUGCAACGGUAUCGCAGAGGUCUAGGGUUCGAAUCCCCUACAAGCCUGAAUUGUUUUCAGGCUUUCUUUUCGGAACUGCAAAAGUUGCGUAUAUGACUGUGAUGAUCUUCAUCCAUUUAAUUUUGGUUUUUAGGAACAGUGUCUUUUUUUCUAGUUUAACGAUCCAAAGUUUUUUCCCUUUUACGGUUGCUCGACACCAAUGGCAAUUUAUAAAGUGAACACAAGCUCAAUACAGAGUUUGAAGAAUAGACUACUGUUGGACGGAAGUACCGUAUUUAUUCGAAUAAGCGCCCAACCUCGAAUUAGCGCCCACCUCGAAUAAGCGCCCAUGCUAAAGGCAGAAAAAGUUAAUAAGCGCCCAGCCUCGAAUAAGCGCCCACCCCACCCCACUCCCUCCCACAAUAACUCCAAUAAGAGAUAAUAAGAGACCUUCCCGGAGACGGAGUUUUCUUCAGAGUAUUUUACAGAAACCUUGCUUUGUCACAUCUUCACUUUUUGUUGGUACCAUUUACUGUUUGGUUGUAAAAUAUACUACUACACUGGCUGAGAAUGGUGAAAAUUUAAUAAGCGCCCAGCCUCGAAUAAACGCCCACCUCGAAUAAGCGCCCACUCUCAAGGUCCAAAAAUUUAAUAAGCGCCCAGGGCGGUUAAUCGAAUAAAUACGGUAGUCCUUUCGUGACUUGGUCGCUCGAUCGGCCGUUUGGCGAUCCGUUUCGCUCGGUGGCUUAGCGGCUGCGCUCAGUUUACAGCUUUUGUGCUGUGAAGACUGUGAACUUGUGGCUUGUUUAAUCAUUCCAUUGUGUUUGCAUUGUGUUGUGCCUUAAGGGCUAAAAAAAAAAGAAUCUACGCGAAUGUCGAAAUAUCUAUAGUUAGUAUUGAAGAGCGGGCCAACAAGCUGCCCUAUGACAUGAUUUCGCAUUCAAAAUUAAUUACUUGCGAAGAUUUGUUUCCUGAUGCCUAUCCGACUCCUUAUAUUCCAAUUUUAAAUUUUUUUUUGUGGUGUAAACAAAUGUCAUAAAUGUCACAUUUGCUGCUUAAAUAUUAAAUGAAUAAUAGACAAUGGUUUCAACAAAUUCUAAUUCCGUCUAUUUCGCUUCAAUGCGAAUAGGUGGUUUUCAUGCAAUCUCUGGAGACACAAAUAACAAUGGUGAAAUGAACAAAUGCUGGUGGACGACCAAAACGAGCUAAUGAGCGAUCUUUUGUUUACCGUCCACCAGCAUGGCGGCGAUAACGUAACGUGAAAACCACCUAUAAUUUUUUCAGUGUUUGAUAAUCACGCAUUUUGUAGAAAAUAUCGCGUACAGUAGCCUCAGUGAUUCUGUGUGGAAAGCAAAGUUUGAAGUGUAAUGAGCUGUUGUAUUUCUCUUCGAGAACGUUGUGGACGGUCGUCACACUCCUGUGGGUCUUUCUUGCUUAUGCGUGUAAUAUGAGCUCAGUGUCACGCAAUCAAGAGUAAAAAACGAAAUUCAUUAAAUAAAGUCAAUAAAGUCAAUUUUUUCCCAAGCUAGUUCUUACAUAGACGAUAAUUAGUACAAAUUUAGGCUAUCGAGGUACUUAAAUAGAUUGUUAUUUUCUAGAGAAAAAAUACAUUGUUGCUAAGAGCAUUUAGUGGUAUUCAGCUUACACAAUGUAUUCCGUACGUAAAAUCUGCACACCAUUCAUUACAUUGCAGUUGGAGCGAUAAGGCACCUGUAUCUUCAAAAGAGGAUCCGGGGUGUUGAAUUAUCUUAUUUGUUCAAUUGUACAGAAUAUUUUCCAUAGAUUUUAGAAAAUAAGAACCUGUUUCAAAUCAGUAAACUAAACAUGUUUUGUAUAAAGGGGGACUAAGUGGUAGCCUAACAGGUCCUUAAAAACCUGGUUCUUAGUCACGGCUUUUUACUGUAUUUUUAAGCGUGUAAGGAGAAAAUGAUAUGUAGUCUUGCCAAGACCCAGGUCUGUGCAGUUUUUGUGCGAAACAUAUUCGGAGAAAAGAUUUAACAAAGUUGAUCGUAUCGUGCUUUGUUGUCAUUUAGUUUGCCAUGAAAGCAAGCAUUUAUCUCCUGAGGGCUCUUGAUCCUACUGAGCGUUCAAUAUUCUUAGUAUUCCUGUACAAUGAUUAUUUAGCAAAUCGCAGAGAUAAAAUCCUGGUUUAGUCAAAUGAUAGCUUUCUCGGUUGCUAUUAUACUUUAAAUGUCGCGUCACGAAAAUGUUAUACCGGAGCUAUUCUUAUGUUGUUUUGGUCUACUAAUAGCUACCGUAAAAUUUCGAAAAUAAGACCCGGGGCUUAUAUUUUUCAAUGGCCCUUUUUGAGGGGCUUAUUUUUGGAGGGGCUUAUCUACGGAGGGAAAUUUGCGUUUACAAAUCGAUUGGGCUAGCCUUAUAGUUCGAAGUAAAUUUACCGUUUUUGCUUUGUUUUAUUUUGUAUUUGAGGGCAAUUUUUUAAGUACAAGCCCCCGGGGGGCUGGGCUUAUAUUGGAGGGGCUUAUACUUGGAGGGGCUUAUUUUCGGAAUUUUACGGUAUAUGUGUACCAAUCAACGGUUGAGGCUGUCGUUGUUCACGUAGCGUGGCAAUGCAAAAUUGAUAUGCAAUGCAAUCGCACAAUUACUCGUAACGCUCAAUUUAAAAUCAGCAAUGAUGAUCCUAUUCUAUCCAUUUUGUAAUACAGUUUGGAUCUGAGACAGCUUCAGACCUGCCCCAGGAAGUCUACACUGAUCCUGCUUUCUUUUGGAACAUUGUGUUUAGUGAUUACUGUUCUUAUACAUCGUGGAAUACAUGGCAAGUUUGGAGUAGGAAUUCAUGGACUAAGUGUGGUCUUCUUGGGAUCACUCCCUUUUUUCGCCUUAUUCGUUUUACGGUUAAGUCAACUAAAACUGAGGUGGUGUCCCUCAUUGGCAAUAGCUCAGUCACUUUCGAUAUGUUUGGUUGUAUACUACCUUUCAAGUAACGGCCUUUGGUGUGCGCAACAUCCACACGUGACGCGCGCAUUGUGCGCAAAACUUGUCCAGUUUAAGUCGUUCGCGGCGUCCUCAAAGGUAACUUUUUGGUGGUUGACGCUGGGUGACCUCUUGGCUGUUCACCGAGGCCGUGUCAGGCCAAUUCCAUGGGAGCACGAUGUUGAUAUUUGUAUCACACCUGAACAAUAUCCACUAUUUGAAAAAGCUCUCAGGUCAAAUGCAAAUUACUUCCAACCAAAGGCCGAAUGCCUGGAGUCAGGACAUUGUUAUCUACCUAUCGAUAUGGCAAAGCUUGGGCUGACAACCAGGGAAGCAGAGGGCGUGAACGUGGAUAUCUGGACUUGUCCGCAACUUUCUGGAAGUAUAAAGCGUGUUUUAUAUUGCAAUGACUUUAUGAAUGUACCUGGAUCCCUUCCAGAAAGGCAUGCUAUAUUGUCAAAACAUUACGGAAACUAUUCUGCCGUCAAAUAUGCACACCACGCUACCAUGUGCAGAAUCUGGAACGGUUUACUGAUUGGACAAACCAUGCACGUAGACUUUACGUUAUUUGGUGUUCGUACAAGUCCGCAACACAUAUACAAAAAGAAGCACUUCAAGUGUACUGGAGCGGUGAAAUAUGACCGUCCGGGUGAGUGUAAUCCUGAAUAAAACCAUCUGUUGACAGUGAGUGACUUUUCAACAACCUUUGCGCACGGUAGUCAUCUUCAGAGUCAAAGUGAGUUGAAUCACGUCAGUUGAUGGUAUUAAACUCUUGUUAUGGAUCUGAUUGGUCAAAUAAGUCGCGAUUUGAUAUAAUAGAGGAUUACCGAGGCCCUG